AUGAGCUCUGACAGGUCCCUGGAGGAGAACAGUGAGGGACACUCAAAGGCAACGAGCUGGAAGGCCACGGUGAGAGAUGAUUUCAAAGACAUUUCCAGAUACUUCUCCAAGAAGGAAUGGACAGAGAUGGGAGACUGGGAGAAAACCCCAUACAGGAAUGUGAAAAGGAACUAUGAAGCACUGGUCCCUAUAGGUCUCAGAUCUCCUCGACCAGCUCUCACGCAUCGUCGCAGGCAGGCCACCAAGCCCCAGGUGGAUGACACUGAGGAUUCUGAUGAAGAAUGGAUGCCCAGUCAGCAAGAAAAACCUUCUUGGGUGGCCUUCAGAGUGGAACGGAGUAAACACCAGAAGGUGACUCCUAUUUCUCGGUUCUCUUCCCAAUCUCACUGUUUGGUCACCUCAUUUCCCAGAUAUAUUUUAUACCCUCUACAUUUCUACAUUUCCUCUUCCGAGCAGGCCCAGAAACCAGUUUCCCCUCCUGGAAAAGCAAGUACCUCUGGACAUCACUCUAGACAAAAAAUGGAACUUGCGGGAGAGGAGACUGAAGUAAAGACGUAUAACCUACGAGAAAGAAAGGGCUGUGUGUACCAAGAGGUCAGCGAGCCCCAGGAUGACGACUACCUCUAUUGUGAGAAGUGUCAGAACGUCUUCAUUGACAGUUGUGCUGCUCAUGGGCCCGCUGUGUUUAUAAAGGACACUGCAGUGGACAAGGGACAUCCCAACCGCUCAGCCCUCACUCUGCCCCCUGGGCUGAAAAUCAGACCAUCGAGCAUCCCUGAGGCUGGGCUUGGAGUGUGGAAUGAAACAUCUGAUCUGCCGUUGGGUGUGCACUUUGGCCCCUACGAGGGCCAAAUCACAGAAGAUGAAGAGGCAGCCAACAAUGGGUAUUCCUGGCAGAUCACCACAGGGAGAAACUCCUGUUUUUACGUGGAUGGAAAGGACAAAUCUUGCGCCAAUUGGAUGAGGUAUGUAAACUGCGCCAGGUAUGACGAGGAGCAGAACCUGGUGGCCUUUCAGUAUCACAGUCAGAUCUUCUACAGAACGUGCCAGGUCAUCAGGCCGGGCUGUGAACUGCUGAUCUGGUACGGAGAUGAGUAUGGCGAGCAGCUGGGCAUCAAGCGGGAAAGCAAGUGGAAGGGAGAGCUCACAGCAGAGAGAGAGCCAAAGCCAGAGAUCCAUCCCUGUGCCUCCUGCUCUCUGACCUUCUCCAGUCAGAAAUCCCUCAGCCAGCAUGUGGAGCACAGUCACCCCUCUCAGAUCCUCCCACAAACACCUCCAGGAAAACAUCUACAACCAGAGGAUCCCUGUCCAGGCCAACACAGCUGGAGUGACAAAGCUGAAGGUCAAGAGGUCAAAGAAAGGUCCAAAACUUUGCCUAAAAGUUUAAGGCAGAAGUGGAUUUCAGGGACCUUUUCCAACCCACGCAAAGGACAAAUGGGGGGCUCCAGGACACAUAAAAUAAUGAUGGAGGCCAGCACAGGCCAGAAAGUGAAUCCAGAAGAUACAGACAAAUCAUUUGUGGGGGCAGGAAUGUCAACUGGAAGAGUCAAGAACAGAGGGUGGGGUCAAGGCUGCACCGAUAGGUCCAAUCUCAUCCAACACCAGAGGACACACACCAGGGAGAAGCCCUAUGUUUGCAGGGAGUGUGGACGGGGCUUCACGCAGACAGCACACCUCAUCCGACACGAGAGGAUACACACAGGGGAGAAGCCCUAUGUUUGUGGGGAGUGUGGGCAGGGCUUCACGCAGAAGGAACACCUCAUCCCACAUGGGAGGAUACACACCGGGGAGAAGCCCUAUGUUUGUGGGGAGUGUGGGCGGAGCUUCACAGAGAAGUCAGGCCUCAUCCGACAUGAAAGGAUACACACUGGGGAGAAGCCCUACAUUUGCAGGCAGUGUGGGCGGGGUUUCACGUUGAGUUCACACCUUCUCCGACAUGAGAGGACACACACCGGGGAAAAGCCCUAUAUUUGCAGGGAGUGUGGGCGGGGUUUCACGGUGAGUUCACACCUUCUACGACAUGAGAGGACACACACCGGGGAAAAGCCCUUUGUUUGCAGGGAGUGUGGGCGGGGCUUCACACAGAGGGCACACCUCACCCGACACCAGAGGACACACAUGGGGGAGAAGCCCUGUGUUUCAGUUAUGUCUCCAUCUCCUGGCAAACUGCUGAGAAGCCCUUCGCCAAGGCCACCGUCCAGUGCCUGUAACACCUGGCAGGCCUCCAAGACCUGCUGGCUUCCAGCACCUCCACCUGACACUGUGAUCGCCCUCGUCGGGGCAGGUCGAUAG